CCGCUGGGAGUUAGAGAGAUAGAGAGUGUGGAUAGGCUGUCCCCCCACCGUGGAUGUGUGUGUCUUCUUAAUGUAGUGUGGCUUCGACUGAACAGACAGAUUUCUGAUCAACUUUAGAUCUUUUUUUCAGUCCGGGACGGACUUAGACCUUUAGACUACACAAUUUUCGGAACAUUUCCCGGCUUUGUUUCGUCUCUAUCCGGAUUGAUUUUUGUUGAUGGCGUGGUCUAACCAAGAUGGACACGGGUUGUCUGUCGACUGGAGACUAGAUAACGGUUUCACCUUUUAAAUCUAGAUGUAGGCCUAUACUGUAUUGCAUUAUCCGCUGAAACCUUAUUAUUUAUCAGGUUGGAUGUAAGAAGAAUGGGUUAUUUCCCCCCCAGAGGUCACAUCCUAUAAUGAACAUUUUCCCACUGGAGUUUCGGUGAACUUUUCCCACGACUCGCCAUGUCGGGAGUGGUCCGCACCCUGAGCCGCUGCCUGCUCCCGGCGGAGGCCAGCCGGGACCCGGGGAGCAGCAAGGAGGGGAGCCGGGAGAGGGAUGCGGCGCAGGAGCGGGAGGCGCGGCGCAGGAGCCGGGAGAUAGACGCGAUGCUCGCCCGGGAGAGGAGAGCCGUUCGCCGGCUGGUGAAGAUUCUCUUGCUCGGGGCCGGGGAGAGCGGAAAGUCCACAUUCCUCAAACAGAUGCGCAUCAUAAACGGACAACAAUUUGAUAAAAAAGCACUUCUGGAUUUCCGGGACACUAUCUAUGAGAAUAUACUAAAGGGCAUGCGCGUGCUGGUGGAUGCCCGGGACAAGCUAGGUAUCAGCUGGCAGAGCUGCGAGAACGAGAAGCAGGGCAUGCUGGUGAUGUCGUGGGAGGGACGCGUGGGCGGCUCGGGGGUCGAGCCCGGUGAGUUUCAGCUGUACGUGAUGGCGCUGAGCGCGCUCUGGGCCGAUGCCGGCAUACAGGAGGCCUACGCACGACGCUCUGAGUUCCAACUGAGUGAGUCGGUCAAAUACUUCCUGGAUAGCUUGGAUCGUAUUGGUCAACUGAACUAUAUCCCAAGCAAGCAGGACAUUUUGUUUGCGAGGAAGGCAACAAAAGGCAUAGUCGAGCACGACUUUGUUAUCAAAAAGAUUCCUUUCAAAAUGGUUGAUGUCGGAGGGCAGAGGUCCCAGAGGCAGAAAUGGUUUCAGUGUUUCGACGGGAUCACAUCGAUACUCUUCAUGGUUUCAUCGUCAGAGUACGAUCAGGUCUUGAUGGAGGAUCGGAGGACAAACCGUUUGGUGGAGAGCAUGAAUAUUUUUGAGACAAUCGUCAACAACAAGCUCUUCCUCAACGUGUCUAUCAUCCUGUUCCUCAACAAAACAGACCUGCUGGUGGAAAAGAUUCGCACUGUGGACAUCCGUAAGAACUUUCCAGAGUUCAGAGGGGAUCACCGCAGGCUUGAGGACGUACAGGCUUUCCUGGUGCAGUCAUUCAGCCGUAAGAGGAGAAACCGUGGGAAGCCACUCUUCCACCACUUCACCACUGCAGUAGACACAGAGAAUAUCCGCUUUGUCUUUCACGCUGUGAAGGACACCAUCCUGCAGGAAAACCUCAAAGAUAUCAUGCUGCAGUGACCUUCACGCUGCAGACGACGACGUCUCUGACUGUAAACUGUGAAACCAGCUAUGAAUCCAUGCCUGGAGGACACUACUGCCCACGAGUGCAUAUUAACACUGACCUGUGGAGCAGUAAGUGGAUUUUACUAAACUCUGAACCUGUGGAGCCCUGAUGUGAGUGUUUGGCCCCUGUGGAACCUGUGAGGGCCACAGAGGACUAGACCCUGCAUUUAACCUGUAUAAAUGUGUGUACGCUGGAAAGACAGUCGCCUUCUUGUAGCUCUUAAGUGUUCUCACCUUCAUAAACGGGUGAGAAUUUUUUUUAAAAAAAACAAGAAGAAAAAGAAUAGAGAAAAGCACCAACUACAUGACAUGAGCACUGAAAGUGUUUUUUUCUCAGAUAUACACACAGUAUAUAUGAAUGAAAACUCUGACACUAGACAUAAAAGUCAGCCGGUUGCCAGCUGAAAUAAAAGGAAGAGAGAAAGGAAAGACCAGAAAGUUUAGAGCUGAAGAAUGCCUCGUCCCAAUGUCCACGUGACAGAGGGAGAGGGUGAGGGUUUGGGCUCAUACUAGUCAUAUGCCGUGUUAUGUGAUAAGGUUGCACAAGUGUUCCUGUCAAUGAACUUUAACAGAGGAAAGAGAUGAGUCUCCCUUGUGCUCCGUUUUCUCCUGUGCUUCCUUUUCUCUCUAUCUUUCCCUCUCCUCCCUUUCUCGUGUUUAUUCUCCUGCUCUCGCCAUCAUACAAGGGAACAGCUGCAGAUAGCAAAUCUUAUCACUCUUAUCCCAUAACUUUCCUCUCCAGCUCAACAGAUAGAUUGUUUGUCUCCUCCCUCUCCAGCAGAAACAGUAGAAGGUCAAAUUAGAGUCUCUUAGUUUAAAGACACACAGAUCCUGGUCUUGCAUGAAUUAUGGUUCAUCUCUAUCCAUAUGCUUUUCUACUAUUUCCCACAUAUUCCCAGGAGAAGAACCACAAUAGCCUAGACUCAACUAUAAUAAGCAUCCCCUUUACAAGAGGAAUUUCAUAUGCGGUUACACUACUCACUCCUUUGUCCUGUGAACAUGAAGGGAACAUCAGAGAAUGACGGGGUUGAACUGUAAAUGCCCGUGUUCCCAUGUUGCCGGUGGCCAUUUUGGACUUCUGUAGCAGUCAGGGUGGGAAGUCCUAGAAGACUCGCCCAAAACAAGUGAAACAAACCAGAUUGAACAAAAACACUUAUAUAAAUUGUUAUAUAUGAUACACAAUGAAUUUUUUUAAAAUCAGGACAGGAAUCUAUUAUCACCAGGUUAAUACCAGAGAAACACAUUGUCAUCCAUUUUUAUGAAGUUAGUUUUAUAGUCAGUUAAACAAUUGGUAAGGUCGAGUGCUGCAACAGUUUGUUGAUCAAUCGAUUGACAGACAAGUAAAAUGUUGAUCAAUUACUUUUAUUGCUAGUUCCCAUUUCUCAAAUCUGACGGUUUGCUGUUUUUUUGGUGUUAUAUUAUUGUAAAUUGAAUGUGUUUGAAUUUCGGACUGUUUGUUAGGCAAAGCAAGGAAUUUAAAGACCUAGAGACUAAGGAAUUAUGUUCACUAUUUUCUGACAUUUUUAAGCUGCACUAGUAAAUAUGUUUGGAUGGAGAGAAAAAAAUGACUGUAACUGUCUUUAUGUGAAAGUGGUCGUUUGUAGUGAUGAACCUACAGGGUAUUAUUACUAUUUAUCCCCUCAGAUGUACAGCGCAUGUCAGCUUAUUGUUUUUGGUGUUAUGGCCAGCAACUUGGUUCACUCAAACCCAUGGCAGUUGCUUUCAGCAAAAAUGUUCUACUAAACCCACUUCACACUACCUGCUCAGGAACAGACAGACACAGUUAUCAGUCAUCUGGCGAACACAGUGGAGCAGUUAUCAGCUAAAGAGUUCUAAUCAAUGUUGCGACGGUGGUUCACAACUAGUUCAAUCAACCCAGGAUUUCCCAAUCCAGCGCCGCACACGCUCACAUAAAAUCUACGGUGUUGCACAUAAUGACCAACCGCAAACAUCUACCAGAGCCACUUAUUUUACAUAAGAAGAGCAAACUGUAAUUCUAUACAAAUAUGAAAAACGCAGACACGAUUUUACAGUCAAAACGCAAUACAGUCGCUUCCCUACAAACAGGGAGGAAAGCUGGCAAAAAAGCCAACGUUGUAAAUGUGUAAAUCACAACACUUAUCAAUUUCACUUCCUCAUCAGUCAAGCACAAGAUCUGACCAUAACUACAGUUGUGCUUUCCUUGUGCAACCGUCAUUGCUUUAGCCCAUUAUUUCAGUUGCAACCCUGGCAGUGGUGAGCGAUCGUCAGAGCAAAUCAAAAGUAGAAAAGCAUCAUUCACACCGAAGUGCGCAUUCGCAACACAAGGCUCAAGAAGACUACAAAUAGCCUAUACGUAAUUCCCUCUGAUUAAAAUCUUUAUCUUUCCUAAAAAUACCCAUCAGGGAAUGUUAACGGGGUUGUCAGUCUCUAAAUGUUUUAACUGUUAUGAGCGCACCUCUCUCUAUCCGCACACCGAGCUCAAGCUGAUCUUCUAAGAACGGUGACGCCGUUAUUAAUCGAGUAUUGAUAGGUCAGAAAGCGGUGCUUUUACAUCGGUUGAUCUCUAAUCUCCAAUAUAACCUCCUCCCGACCAGGUUAGGUGUUCAGAAUAAGUUACCAUGGCGAUUUAACCCGUUAACAAGUAAUCCACCGUUGUGAUACAGAAAACUGGCUUUUCAGCCUGGGUUGAACCUGAAGUUACCUCAUUAAUGCCAAAUCUGUCUUCGUAGUACAGGCCUCAGAGUGGCCAAAAACAGUAACCAAGAGGUUAAAAGUAACAAGUACUGUUGCUAUGGAUUAUUAUAACUUGUGCCCUGAUGUAUAUAUAUAAUGCUGGUUAAACUGUUUACCAGAACUCUGUCUGAGAUGUCCUGUUAUGUGAUUGAUGCAUACCUGACAGCCAACCAGAAACAUGUAUCUUCGAAAUCCUUUCAACCCUUCGGAUUGUUUCAAAUCAUUGUCUUUCUAACCUGUUUUCAAGUGGAGAAUUUAUUAAAUGAGAAUGUUGAUGUGAUUCCCAACAUUUGCAUGAUUUGGUACGCAGCAGUAGGAAACAGCUGGGCUGCUCCCACCCUGAGUAUUAAGUCCAAAUGGCCUUGAAGUGAAAUGAGGCGAGUCAUGAGCACUUCCACACUCGUUAUUAUAAUACUGUAUUAAAUUGUGUAAUUUGUAUGUAUUUGUGUGUGUUUGCAUAGUGAAUUAUGGCCCCGUUUUGUGCAUGUUCAAAUGUCUUGUACAUAGAAUACUGUAAGUAUUUAACUGACGCUGUGUGUAAUGUGGUAAUCUUACAAUACAAACACCACUCUGUCUAACAGUAUCACUGUAACUGUAAAUGUAAAUGUAACGUUGCUGUAACAUUUGUCGUUAACUAACCUACCUUUUCCACACACACAAGUUUUUUUAAGUGUCGUCAUUGCACUGGAGGCAUCCGAGAGAAAACAACCAGAAAGGAAAACGUCUGGGAAAAUGAAACAAAUUGAAACACUUUUUGAGGCAAGCAGGAUGAAGGCUGAGAAUGAGAAGAGGGAGGUCUUCUGCUUUUGUUUUUGUUUCCCAGUGCCUUGGCUCUGUGCUCUGUGGUGAAAUACACUGCUGUUUGCUGA